AUGGCUGAAAGGAAGGUGAAGGAGCACAAGGUCGACUUGCCGAGCAUCUACCGCGGGUUUCUUCUGAUCAAUGCCCUUGGGUUGAAUGACCAGGAGAUCAAGGCUCUCCUGAACUACACCCAUGGUUCGAUCGAGCCUGGAGAAGUCCGCACGUGGCUUCGCAAGAACGAGGCAAAGCUCCAGGCCAACCAGCUGGGGACAGAUACUCUUCCUCAGCGCGGCCGCACCUCCACGACAGCCUCCUCACACAGCACUCACCUGGUCGAGAGUGCUACGGGCAGCUCGGCCUUGGACGGCGGGGAAGUCAGCGAGAUGGAAGCCCUCCUCGCGGACUUGGUUGAGGACACCGAGGGCCAGGCCGAGGACGACCUUGGCACCAUCGAGGAGGACGAGGCGGCGGAGAUCCUGGCGGUCAUGAUCAAGGAAAAGCAUGAAAAGAAGACUUUCAGCCAAUCGGCGCAGAUCAAGAAGGACCGCGAGCUCUCUCGAGGUUAUGGACAACGCCAAAACCGCGGACAAGGCCCCAUCAAGCCCGGCUUCUACCGUUUGAGCAUCCAAGAAUUGAAGCAACGCACACGUUGCCGAGCCUGUGGACGAGUCGGGCAUUGGAAACGUGAAUGCCCCGAUCAGGCGGGCAACCACGAGAAGGCGGCGCACUUCUUGGAGGUCGAGCUGGAAGAAGGCGAUGAUGCUCUCUUUUUUCAUUUCCUGGAACAGGAGAACUUAGAUUCCUCAGCUGUGCCCCAAGUUUUUGAGCAAGAGCCAGACGGCUACGGACCGAAGGAUUCCUGUGAGCCCAGCCGAGCGUACACAGCCCAGGAGUUUGAGGUUUUGUAUGGCGAGAGUAGUGGUGUUGAUGAGGUUUGUGCCACGAUUGACACCGGAUGUCCGAGAACUGCCGUUGGUGCUGCUGAGAGUAGUUUGCAGGACCGCGGCCCCGGUGAGUUCGAGAUACUGACUCUCAACGACACAGCGCUUCAAGCUCAAACCGAGAUCGAGUUGAACCCAGCGGCAGACAACCGCUGGGCGAUCUUUGCCUGGCAGGUCGUCAUCUACAAGGUGAUCAUGAUCGUCAGGCCGGCUUUGCGGCUGUUACAGAACUUGUGCCGCCCCUCACCAAUCGAGGCGAUUCGCCUGGCCCAAGGACACUGGGACGAGCUGCCGACAAGCAGCUUGACAGAAAUUCGGGACGAGGCUGCGCGGGUGAUCAAGAACCGCCGCAAGGAGAAGGAAACGAUCUCGGAGGAGGGCCUCUACUCCCCCUCGGAAGGACUCUACUCCCCGUCGAUGACUUACAGCCCGGUAAGCCCGGGACAACGAGUACAGCAUGUCCGUCCCUCGGAAGCAUCGACGAACAACGGCUACGAGUUGAUCGAGCAGGCAAGGCCCGAGGGUAUCAAGGAACGACUGGUGGACAAGAACCUACAGGAGAGGAUCCUCGAUCGAGGGAUCCAGAUGCUCUACACCGGCCUCCCGUCCUGCCACUGCGACAAAGCGGCCAACGUCGAGGUGGUGCUGAAAAGCAACGAGAACUAUCUCAAGACGUUCUUCCGGUGCUACCUCCCGCCGGGACCCAAGCAGUGCAAGUUCUUUGCGUGGACGGUACAGCAACCGCUGCUCGAAGAUCAGUAUGCCCCCUUGCGGAACCCGCUGCAGAAGACCGUGAACUACCAGAUGCUCCCCCGGGAGCUUCUCUGCGAGAUGGUUCAGGACAUCUGCGAGCACAAGAACGGCUUCGUGGCCACCGGGAGCAACCAGCACUACAAGCAGGAGAGGUGCCGGAUGUGUCAAAAGCUAAUGAAGCGGGCCCGCCGGGAACUACGGACCAUCAGUCCGACGGGAUCAACGACAACCGAGGCGGCCUACCCCUCCGACAUCGAUCGGCCGUCGGCCAUGGGUCAGGACGCGGGAGAUGAAAUCCCCCUCUGUCGCCGAAAGCGACGACUACUCCAGCAGGGUGCCAAGGGAAUGGUCCUGACCAACAGAGCCUUCAGACAUUUGAUUUUCGCAGUGAAAGAAGCCUACAGCAGUCCAGUGGCCUGCCCAUUCACGACUGUCAGAGGCGAUCCAAAGGAUCGAAACGUGUUGAUCAAGCUGUUGUGCGUUGAUUCCGGAGGUCUGUUUAGAGGGCACCUUCUUGAGAAGUGCCCGACCGAGCAUGCCCCCAUGAACAUGGUAGCAAAGCUGUUGCGAGCAGUUGUGGCCCAAUGGUUCGUGACGACCGUGGGUCAGAUCUACCAGUACAGCCUUUUGGAGAAUGCGACGGCCCAGAACUACCUGGACAAGACGAUCCUGGAAGUCCUGAGCAUCAGCGACUUUGGCGAGAGCGUCGCUACCGGGAACCUCCUGGACAUCUACGCCGAAGACCUGGAGGAUGACGGGCCCGAACAAGCCAACGGAGAACAGCGAGUUCAAGACCCUGGCGGUCCCAUGGCUGCGGAACUAGACGAUGGCGGAGGAAUCGGGGCCGACCCGUUACUUCCCGAACAAGCCGACGGAGAACGACGAGUUCAAGUGCCUGGUGGUCCUUUAGAUAUAGAACCAGAUGAGAAGCCACUACCUGGUGUACGAGGGCGGACAGUGCAACAGCUCGUCAAAAGAGCUCAUGAAGGACUAGGUCAUCCCAACGUCGACCGCUUUGUCAGGAUCCUCAAGAGUGCCAAGGCAAGCCAGGAAGUGUUAGCAGCGGCUAGGAAGCUUCAGUGUAGCACCUGUGAACGAUUUGCCGAGACACGUCCCCAACGACGAGCAGCACCUCCCAAGGAGUACGGCCUGAAUGAAGUGGUUGGUCUCGACACCCUAUGGUUGCCGUGCAUCGAUGGUCGCAAGAAGCUGGCACUGAAUAUCCUGGAUUGGUCCUCACACUUCCAGAUGGUGGUCCCUAUCAAGACGGUCAGCCCGGAGGCGGUAUGGGUCGCAUUCCAACAAUGGACCCGAAUCUUCGGUCCGCCACGUCAGUUGUAUGUGGACCAAGGACCAGAGUUCAAGGGCACCUUCAAAACCCGAGCCAGCCGAGAUGGAAUACACGUAGAGCCGAGCAGUUUGGAAUCGCCGUUCCAGCGGGGAUCUACGGAGAGACACGGCAAGACCUUCAAGCUGAUUCUCUCAAAGGCCAUGAACCAGUACACCUGCCAGGAUUACGACACCCGGAGGUCUCUGGUGGAUACAACCAUCAUGAUGAAGAACAGGUUGGCCAAUCGGGGAGGUUUUUCCCCAGUGCAACGCGUCCUCGGAUACCUCCCGCGGAUCCCUGGAGGACUUCUCAGCAGCGACAGCAAGGACCUGGAGGCCUCCCGUCCGGACACUGUGGGUGACCGAACUAUCCAAGAUGCCAUGGCAAUGCGGAAAGCAGCUGCGACUGCCUUCUUUGCGGCGGACUGUGACCAGGCGCUGAAGAACGCCCUGGCAGCGGGGCCGAGGCCACAGAUCGAAUAUGUGGCCGGCCAGAUGGUCUACUUCUACCGCAUUGGCCACUCCAAGAGCGGGGGACGCAUACCAGACCUGUGGUGUGGUCCGGCCCGAGUCAUCAUGACGGACCUCCCAGGAACCUUAUGGCUGAGCUACCAGGGUGGUGUCGUCAAGGCCUCUCCGGAAAGAGUUCGUCCUGCGAGCCAAGAAGAGCUACUGACCAUCUCCGGAUGGCUGGAAGGACUCUCGCAGGUCAAGAAGGACUUCGAGCAGAACCCGAAGCGCGGAUACGUGGACCUCAGCAACGAGCCGGUCCCCGUCUUCGAGGAGAGCGAGGACCAGACCGCCGAUAACACCGAGGACGUUCCUGCCGAGCCCAUCGAGUGGGAACCUGGUCGGCGAGUGCGUCAGAAGACUUCUCCAGAAAGUCUGGCUGAUGUGCGACUACCAGCGGUUCAAGACGAGUCCGCCACCGCGGAACCGAAUACAGCUCUCAGCUCCUGGGAGCCAGUCCCAGAACCUCGGGUCAGGCCUUUGGAAAGGAAUGAGGAAGACAAUGGGACAGGUGAGGAACGGCCUACGAAGAGGACACGGGUGGAACUCCUGGAGAUCUACUAUGCCAAGCUGGAGACCCUGAUGAAGGUACGGCAGCGAAAGGAGAUUCGCCUAAAGGACCUCAACCAGCACGACCUCGACUGCUUCCUUAAGGCGGCCGAGAAGGAGAUCCAGAACAACCUCUCCACCAAUGCCUACGAGAUCCUGGACUUGGAUGAGAGUGCCCGGAUCAGGCGGGAGAAGGGCGACCGGAUCAUGGAGUCGAGAUUUGUUCGGACGGCCAAACCUUUGGAGGAGAGUGACGUGGACAAGGCCCGAUUCGAAGGAGUACUUCUCGGCGACGGGCGUGGCGGACCAUGCAAGGCGAAGGUCCGGCACGUGAUGAAAGGUUUUUCCGAGAACGGUGCUGAGGAGCUGGACGCGGCUACACCUCAGGUGACCAGGGACGGAGUGGUAGCCACCACUCAGAUCAUCGUCAGCAAGGGCUGGAAAUUGGGCUUCUUGGACUUCACCCAGGCCUUCCACUCCGGCGACCCGAUAGAGCGAGAACUAUAUGCUGAGCAGCCUCAAGAAGGUAUUCCGGGUCUGAAAAGAGGCCAACUCCUACGCCUACGAAAGACAUGCUAUGGUCUUUUGGACGGGCCAAUGGCCUGGUUCCGCCACUUCAAAAAGGUGUUGACCAAGGAGCUCGGCUACGUACAAAGUGUGGUGGACCCCUGUAUCUAUUACUUGUACCGCGACGGGCAGACCGGCUGGGACAGUCUUCAGGGAAUCGUGUCAGUCGCUACUGAUGAUCUCCUACAUGGUGGGGACGAAAGGCACCAACAGAAGAUGGAGGUGCUCAACAAGAAGUAUAAGCUGGGGAAAUUCCAGUAUGGAGAAGGACGUUUCACCGGCAAGAACUUCAAGCCCUUACCGGAUGGUGGGGUCCUCAUCGAACAGGAGCACUACAUGGAGGAAAAGGUCAAGGUUAUCCCGAUUUCUCGGGCCCGACGGAACCAAAGGUACUCCUACUGCACGGACGCCGAGAUUGCCGAACUCCGCUCCCUGGUGGGAGCUUUGGCCUGGCUGGCCAAGGAGACGAGACCGGACCUAUGUGGAAGGACGUCACUGUUACAGCAGAGUUUUCCUCGGCCACGUGUACGUGACCUACUACAAGCAAAUGCUUUGGCACAAGAGGCCAUCAAGUAUCCGGCCGGCAUCAAGAUUUCUCCAAUACCAUUGGAGCGGCUUCGGGUGAGUGUGGUUACGGACGCGGCGUGGGGAAAUGCUACCUCGAACGAAAGCCCGGAAGGCUCUACAGGAGACUACUGGGUCGAGACCCCAACUCAGUGGGUACGAUACCACAAGAAGGCCCGGAGGAGUCUCUUCCACCCCGGCAUGGCUCCCGGAGGACCAGAUCUUCACCAACUACGGCCAGGACGCCAGACCCUGAUCCAGGAGGACGAUCGCUACCGCACCCACGAGGAUGAAUGGAACCGCCCUAAUCGGGUGAAACUCCUCGAGGCAGGCAGCUGGACCGGGCGAACGAUUUUCUACAAGAGCGAGAAACAGCUCCCCCAUGGAGACAUACACGAAGGUUUUCUACAGCUAGCCCGGACGAGCAGUCAGGGCGGCCACAUCCUUAUCUACCACGACGCGGACCUUCAGUAUGAGCCUUGGGCGGCCGUUUCUGUGGCCAGUUGGAAAAGCUACCGCUUGAAGCGCAAGGUCGUGAACACCCUGGCAGCGGAGUGCCAAGCCCUAGUCGCUGGAGUCAGCAAUGUGCAUUGGCAUCGGUUCCUACUGAUGGAGGCGCAGAACGACCCGGCCAAGGACCGGGAUUGGGAAAUCUCUGUGCAGAAGCUUCCGUUCAUGGCUGUUACCGACUCUAAGUCCCUUUAUGACACCCUGUCAAAACAAACGUGUCCUUUCAGUCAAGUCGAUGACAAAAGAACGGCUAUCGACAUUUCGAUUCUGAAACGCGACCUUGAAGGCUCUGGAAUCGUUGGAUCGAUGGCCGAAAUAUGA